CGUUCAGGCAUGCGCAGUGCAGCUUGAAUUGUUGCAGCGACAUGGGUUGUUAUUGUUUCUCUGGGCAACUGAUAUUGAAGUUAGAUACAUUUGUUGUCAUUGUGUAAUCGAAUAUUGGACAUCGCGCGCGGAUUAAGUCACUGCUGAACGAACGCUACGUUGUAUCAAAUGCGAUGGGUGCUGCAUCGAGCACCGAGGGCGAAAGGGAACCACUUAUUUUUUCUCCUAACCCCGAGACGAGUAUUCAGCCAGUUUACAGCCGAGUCUACGGGAGAAGAUGGCUGGUUCUGACUCUAUUUUCUUUGCUGGCGUUCAUGCAAGGGAUGGUAUGGAACACUUGGGGCCCAAUUCAGAACUCUGCCAUGCACGCGUACGAUUUCGCCAAAUCUGACAUCGCCGUGCUGGUUCUAUGGGGGCCAGUAGGGUUUACCCCUUGGCUGCUAUUUAUGUGGCUGAUGGACAAGAAAGGUCUGCGGGCGUCUCUUUUACUGUCUGUCUUCUUCAUGGUGAUGGGGGCAGCGCUGCGUAGUGUCCCUGUACCAGACCUACAACUAAGGCGAUGGUUAAUACACGGUGGUCAGCUGUUGAAUGGUUUGGCCGGACCAACAAUAAUGAGCGCUGGACCCCUCCUCUCCACCACAUGGUUCGCUCCAGACCAAAGAGCCACGGCCACCGCUGUCGCCUCAUUGGUCAGCUAUCUGGGGGCGGCGUGCUCCUUCAUCGUCGGCCCGCUGCUUGUGCCCGCCCCUAACGACACCACCCGUGUCAUGGUGGCCCGAGCUGUUGUCUCGACAGACACCCAGAUCAAUCACAUACGAGACAGGAUUCAGCUGGUUUUGUAUGCAGAGUUUGGUAUGGUGGCGGUGCUGUUUGCUGCGGUGCUGUUCUACUUCCCCUCCCGGCCCCCCAUACCCCCCAGUGUAGCCGCUGCCAGCCAGAGACUCCGCUACAGCAGCAGCAUCUGCAGACUACUCAGUAAUUUCCGGUUCCUGAUGAUAGCGUUGGCCUACGCGGUGCCUACAGGAGUGGUGGCAGGCUGGUCAGGAGUUCUGGACAUGAUCCUCACCCCUGCCAGAGUCAGCCAGGUGGAUGCUGGCUGGAUUGGGUUCUGGUCCGUCGUGGGCGGCUGUGUAUUUGGAGUGGCCAUGGCCAGGUUUGCAGACUCUAUCCGGGGCAUGCUGAAGCUCAUCCUGGUCCUGAUGAUGGCUGGGGCUUCCCUGGCCUCCACCUGGUUCACACUCACUUGUCUAACCAGGCUCACACACCUACCCUCCACUGCAGCCACCCUGUACACCUCCUGUAUCGUAUUGGGCAUCUUCAUCAACAGUAGUGUACCCAUCUUCUUUGAGCUCUUGAUCGAGACCGUGUACCCCGUGCCCGAGGGCAUCACCUGCGGGGUGGUCACCUUCCUCGGUAACCUGGUCACCGGCUGCCUCCUCUUCUUCCUCACCUUCUACACCACAGAUUUGUCGUGGCUGAACUGGUGUCUGACGGGCUCCUGUGCCUUCAGCCUGGUCCUCAUCCUCUUCUUCAGGGAAUCCUACGACCGCCUCUACCUCGACGUCUUCGUCUCAGUCUGACAGAAAACACACAAAAAAACUGAACCAAGAGGAAAACAAAGACUGGAACAGUGUUAAACACAUUGCACAAAGAAGAGAAGAAAAAUAAGCGAUAUAGGAAGUCCAACCUAGCCCUCCUUUUGACCUUUUAUUAAUUAUAACUAACUGUAGUUGUAAAUGUGUUAUAUGACGGUGGUCGGUGAGGCAUUGUGAUUUCCAUGUAGCCAAUGAGAAGAGCUGAAGAGCCAAGGGCCUCAGACAGUUAGUCAUUAAUGUUAACUGUAAGGGACUGUUUGUCCUGCUGGCCUGGUCCUCAGAUGCAGCAUCGUCUUUUUCUUUUUCGUAGUGUAAAGUUCAAAUUACAGUUGAACUGUUGUUGUUUUUUAUCCGGUCAUGGCAUGAUGAGGGACUGUUGUUGUUUACAGAAGUAAUGUCUAAAGAGGCACUCUGUGGCAGGUGACCUGUGACCUGGCUGUUCUCUGGUUUUAAUCAGGAAGGAGAGGUCUGAUUGGCUGAGGAGCUCUAGCAGCCAAUCAACAGGCCCCACCGUGCCCGUCUAUUCUAACAAGGGACCGCAUAGCGUUUUAGUGUCACUCAUAACUGCUGGUUAUGAAUGGCAGGGGGGAAACUGUCAAACUGAGCUGUUCUGCAAAUGACCUGUGUACCUGUCGUUUAAUAGUGACAUAUGAUCUCCCUUUUUAAACCCCACCCUCUCUCUCAAGGAAUAUUAUGCAAGACUGAUAAUGACAAAACCUUCCUCCCCUCCUGCAUUUAUAUAUAUAUUUUUUAAAUCUCCCCAUUGAAUUGAUUGGUCCCUGCCAGUGUCGUGGGCUGUGAUUGAAUGAGCCCCAUUGAGUGUUUCUCUCGGCAUGCAAAGUCAGAACUCUCUCUGUGUAUUUCGAGGCUCUGCUGUGCAGGUUUCAUGGUGUAAUGAGACGAUCCGUUUUCAUUAGCAGUUGAUAAUGAGGAAGUAGGAAGUAGCAGUUUUCCCAUUGUGACCUUUCAGCUUUGUUAAAGAAACUAACUACAGGAGUCAGCCAUUUUGUUUCCUAGUUGGUUAUUAUGCAGACAUUUUAGAAGUUGUUCUCAAAUGUUAUUUUCUUAGUUUUUAGUUUGUUAUAAUAUGUGGGAGAUUUUUUUCCAAUUUCAACUAGGCAAUGCAUUUUU